AAAUUAUGGGAGUCCCUAGCCUCCCCACCCAGAAAGAAUCAGAUUUGUUAUUUGUUUAAUGACGCAUACCCCUUUGGCUAGGAGAGAUCAUCUUUCACCCUAGACGAAUAUGGCGGUUAGCGAGCUGAAAGCCUGGUUUCAGUUUCAGGAUGUGUGUGACAACCGUAAACAAGUCUUCCAUUCGAGUCGUUUUAUCAUAGGCCCUUAUGCGAACUGAAUUGCAGAACGGCAAUCGUAAUUUGCCCAAGAAUAGAAUCCUCGAGUGGUUAACUUCGAGAUUGUUGCUCAUUUUUGAAAGAGGUUUGUUUGCCUUGCUUUAUUUGUUAACACGAUCAACUGGUUUUGAAAUGGAAAGUGACGAUGUGUUCUCGAACGAAGCAACGAAACCUCGAGAUCCCAACUCUCUAGAUAGAAAACGUGCUCAAAUCAAAUCUCACAUGGCGAACGAUGUUCGGGACAGAAGUCGCGCCAUAUCUGUACCUCAUAUACCCGGAGAGAAACAUACUGCAAGUAAUCCAGUGAAAGAUUUCAUCUCGAACUUUGUCAAUAGGAAAGGACCUAAGAAACGAAGCACUAUAAAACGAUCUGUGACCACGGAAAAUGUUAGCGACGAGAAAGCGCUGGUUAGACAUGUCGGGAGAGGACAUACGUUUAUUCAACAUCAACUACGAAAUCCUACAUGGUGCGACUGUUGUGGAGAGUUUAUUUGGGGACUUUUCAAGCAAUGUGUGCGCUGCAAAAGUGAGUAAUUAUUAAGUGUUUCUUCACCAUAUUAAGGAUUGAAUUGCAAGCAAAGGAUAAUUCUAGUUUGUAUCACAUCUGGCUGUUUGCUCAACAACAGCCGGUUGGCGCACAUUGUAAAUUCUGUAAAAAGUAAACACACCAUAUACGUAUGUUGAUCGUAGCUUCUGGAAUUAUAUCAACCAGGAGGAAAGUAAGGUUUUUUUUCCCCUUUGGCAAAGUCCAUUGGUAAGUACAAGGGGAGUAAGGUCGUAAAUACUAAUCUGCUGAUCCUGAAACACAGGUGAAUCUCGUACAAUAAUAUGUACGUUACGAAUUAAUCUCAUAACAAAUGAUUCGCUUGUAAUGUAUACCUCGUAAUGAUCGCAAAAAAUAUUUAAAACAAGUUAAAUUCACUCAUCCAUUUAACUGUUUUUUUGCCUUGUUCUCAGUAAACCGAUGCCAGCUAUUUUACUGGUUAGUUUUCUUGUUCGGGAAUUCACUUAAAUAUUGAAAUGGUUAGGAAUAUUCACUUGCUACAUUAAAUAUUAAUUAUUGCUAAGCAUUUAUCAAUUAAAAUGUUUAUGAGAGACAAAUGAUUUCCUAGACCCCUAAUAUUAAAGCCAUAUAGAUUAGAUGCUUUUCAAAUUUUCUCAUCCCGGAAUUGGUUAGGUUCUUGUUCAGGAAUUCACUUAAAUAUUGAAGUGGCUAGAAAUAUUCACAUGCUAUAUUAAAUAUUAAUUAUUGCAAGGCAUUUAUCAAUUAAAAUGUUUAUGAGAGGCUGAUGAUUUCCUAAACCCCUAAUAUUAAAGGCAUGUAGAUUAGAUGUGUUUCAAAUUUUCCCAACCCAGAAUUUAUUUUCCAUGAACUUAAAACUCAAUAAGAAAAAUUUUAAAGUCAAAAAACUAUUUUCCAAAGUGCUUUGGAAAAUAGUUUUUUGUGCAUAUUAAGGAGAGUCAAACUGAAGAUAAAAAUUGUCUUUAUAAACCCCCAACUCCUAAGAUCUGGUUGUCAACUCUCCAUCCUGUUUGUUACAAAUUUUUCUUAAGUUUAGUUGUGAGAAUUUGGCACUAAAUCCAGGAUCAUCCCCUGGCUAUAAUUUUUUUCAUUUCUUUUUACCUUUCUGCCUUAAAAUUCAUUGACACUGUUAGGAGAAAUUGUAUUUUGGUCACUUCUGGAUGGCAAAGUUAAGCAGGAAUAGUUUGGAGUCUUAGGAGACUGCUUGCUUAAUUCAUAAAACUGUAGCAGAUUCAGUGCUCUAUUGUUAACCCUGAAGCAUAACAGAGUGAGUAAUGAAAACCUCUCUUAGCUUUGGCUAUAAGAUGAAGCAACACUACCUUGCUAAAACAAACUUUUUACAAGCAAAAGAUGUAGUGUUAAAUUGAAAAUUUAUAAUAAAAAAAAAACUGAAACCUAAAUGUCUGCUUGUGGGUUUUAUGGAACAACAUUUCUCAGUAUGGAUGUGGGUGUCUUCUGAAAAUGUUUUGAUAUUGUAGAAGGAAACUCCUGUUUUUUUUCACUAAGUGGUUAGUAUGAGUUUGGUCUUUGAGGCAUUCAUUGACUUGGGUAUUGGUUGAGAAGAGAAGCUGGAGGGGGGGGGGGUGGGGAGAGGCGAUCUCCUUCUUACUCCAGUAAUCAUGUUUAAUUAAGUAUACCUAAAAAAUUCUCAGCAGAAGAAAUCUUUAUCGCCAUGUUAACAUCUUAUUUAACAGCUAAAACUCUUGAAUAACAGAUGGUGCAAUUUGGAAUUGUCAAUUAUAUUGUGUGGAACAUCCGUAUAAAUUGUUCCUCUUCUAACACAAGAAGAGUCUUAUGGCAGUUUUGAAACUAAUUUCUGCAUUCACAAGGAUCUACCUUCAUUUGCGCUUGUGCCUGUACUUGAAUUAUAAUAUUAUUGUAACUUUAAAUCAUAAGCUUCAAAUCCUAAGCAAUAUUACAUAAUCUUAAUCAAUAUUCACAAAUUUCCUUCACCUUCCUUUGGCCUUGAAAUUUGAACUAUUGAUCAGUUCCAGGCAAGUAACAAAAUAUUUCUCUUCUGCUAAACAAAUUCUUUGAAGGGUACUGUUAGCUUAAAGAAUUUUUUUAUGUUCAUUUUACUGAUGACCCCUAAAAUUGUCCACUGAAGUGAAAAACGUACAGCCUGUAUUGGUCCGUAUGUAAUAGAUCAAAGAAACUGUCUUUAUCUCUGUCAUUUGUAGGUGCUCUUUUUUAAUGGAGAUGUUCCCUUGUCAGUAGGGACAGCCACUUGUUUAAUGAAAAAAAACGCAAACUCAAGACAGGUUAAUAUAUUAUAAUUUUACUGACAAGGGGUUGCCUACCUCACUAUUUUUUCAUUUACAUUCUUCCGUAUUUUAUUAUUGAUAAAGCUGUAAUUAAAUUAAUAAAUAUUACAUAGACACGAGAGUUUGCAAAGUAAUCAGAAAAAUUGUUAUUUCAAUGUCAUCUUGUGACCAUUGUCAUUAUAGUACAAAUGCAUGGCAAGGCUGGGACAAAAUUAAUUUUUAAGGAGAAGUGUAUGGUGCAAAGAAACAUUGUGAGUUCAGCUGCAUACAAUUUUGUAAUAAUCAAAAAUUACCUUUAACUACAGAAAGGAUCAAAUUGCUUUUUUCUGUCAGUAAAGGACCACAUUUUUGUGGUGAGUUUUUUAUGUGACAGUUAAAAGAAUUUGAAAUCCAGUGGCUUCCAUUUGAUCAGAUAUAAUCAUCAAAAGAGAUGAAUCAUCCUUUCAUUAUCAACUGUGGUGGAUGAGAAGUCUGAAGUUUUUUCACCAAAUACACAUUUAUUAAACAACCAAAAUGUCUCAUUGGGCAAAAUAAGUGAAGAAAUGAAUUUUUUAAUGGGUGGAGACCAAAAUAUGAGAUUUAAUCAGAAAAUUGACACCUUCUCACCUCUUAUUAAUUAAAAAUAGAAGAUUAUUCAUCUUCUAACAUCCAAUUUAGUCAUUUACAUUUGAGUCUGCUUUCAAUCAAUAUUUGUUUCUUAAUUUCUCAAGAAUGGACUGUCAUUAUUGAGCUAUCUUUGAAGUAAGGCCUUUUUUUCUGCAGGGAAUUUUUACUGUGUUGCUAGUAAAAAAUUUCUAAAUGUAAGAAAAUUUAUUUUUUGAUUUUCUGUUCUUAGAGUGAAAUGUAAAUAUAUUUCAUUUUCAACGAAUGGCACACGUAAUCUUAAAUGGACUAUUUCUAGUUACAAUAAAAUAAAACCCUCAAAUGGGUUUAGUUUCUUCCAAUCAGCUUUCUUCAAUCCAUGUUAAUUUUUUUUCAUUCCUACUGUUCCUGUCUGGUUUAUGCUGGCAUCUUCAAGUUAUUUUUUCUCUGAAAAGCUCACCUUCAACGGUUUCUUUGGAUCUAAAUAGGAUUGAGAGCAUUUUCAAUAACCCCAAAGCAAAGAAAAAAAUAGUGACAGUAGUACUGCUCAAAUGUAAGGUGACAAUUUCACUUUGAAGCUAAAUUUGAAACUUUCAAGAAUUGUGUUUUAAUGCUUUCAUUUUCACUUCCUGUCCAGAAGAAUUGAUGAUUGAGUCUUUGUAAAUUAAGCUUUGAGGCUGGGAGCUUUGUUAAUUCGGGGGAAUUUUCCUGUUUCUGUGUUUACAGAUUGCAAGUACACUUGUCACAGACGAUGCAAAGAGGAUGUGGAUUUAGACUGUACUGGAAGCUGGCUGUAUGAAAGAAUGAUGUCAGUUGAUGAGGUGACCAUGAAGACAUUACAUCUUGUAGAUCAGGUAAUGUCAUCACUUUUGAGUGGGCAGUGUGGUUAAGUGCUUCUGCGGCUGUAUAUAAACUCUCCCUGUGUGUCUAUGUGUUUAUUGUGACUGUGUAGUCAGAGCAAAUGUCCUGAUCUCCUAUUCAGUUUGGGAAAAUUCUCAUUUGAAAGUGAAUUUGGAUAUUUUUCUCUCAAAAAUAUGUAAUUUAAAAUAAAUUUAACUCCCUGAAAUAAUAUUUGGGUUAUAAUUAGGUGAAGGGUUUUUUUCAUGUUGGGUUACACGAAUACAUUUCAUUUCAGGGACCUAGAGUAUAUUGGAGAGGAGAUUGACCAGGAUAACAUGAUAUAUUAAGGGAUAAUGUUAAAGGAAGCCUGAACUGAAAUCAGGCAUUUAUCUAUUUCUGUGGCAAGAGGGAGGAGGAGGGCCAUAGGCUCCAACCUUCUGGCCAGUUCCUCUCUGUAUCAGGUCUUAACUUUCUCCCAGUUCAACCUUCUUCAAAUCUGUGGGCUCCACUUGGUAUACAGCCAACUGGCACCUAGUUCACAUGAACAUUUUCUAACAAAGUUAAAACUGUCUUUAAAAUUAUCUGCGAAUGAAUGAUACACAGCUUUUUCUUUACCCUCUACCUCCCAAAGAUCUCAUUUGUAAUUCUCCUUACUGUCUGUCCCACAAUACAUAUGAUGUUGUUUUGAAGAAUUUGGUGUUGGAUAAACUAAUAAUCCCCUAAUUUGUAUUUUCCUUCAUUCUCAUCAGCUUUCUGCUUGAUAUUUUAUUGAUUUUGUAAGGAGAAAUUUCUAUCAUGGUCACAUAUGGGAAUAAAAGGGUUACCUUUGGUUGACUGUAUAGCUAUCUGUAUGAUUUAAAGCUGAACUGAAGUUGUCUUUCUUGUGAAUCUUUACAGGGAGAGAAGAGGAAAGAACCAUUUAUACUGUACACAGACUCCCCAACAGGAAGCCUCCUUCGUGCGAAAAUUGAUGAAUACAAUUCAAGUACAACUGGACUUAUAAUGUCUAUGGUAACCAUGAUGUUUUGUUACUGAAUUGUUGGAAAAGCUAAUCAUGUCAAAUUUGUAAUUGCUGUGGAUAGAUUUUGAAUUCAUGGCUUAGCAUACGUUAAAAGGUGUCAAUCUGAGACAGGUUGUAUGAAGGGCAGAGAACGCUAUCCAACAGGUAAAUUGCUAUUCAGCGGAUAAGUGCUAACAGAAUGUACUGCACUAUCCACCAGAAAGAGAUUUGUCAUGUGGACAGGUUUAUCCAACCUUCACACAACCAGAGCCUGACGUCAGAAUCUUAAAUGCGUGACAACCCUUUACACCCUAACAUCAGUUUGCAUAUUCUCCAUACUGUUCUCUGUACAUUUCCUCGAGCGCUGAUGAGGAGAAUUUGCUUGAAAAUCAAGAGCUUUCUAAGUUGGUGAUCAUUUCCUUGAUUCUCAUGGCCUUAAUGUUUGAUUCAGGGGUGAUAAUGUAAGGAGAAAUUAGAAUUUGGUCACUCUUAGGGGUUGAACAGUUAAAGAGGGUCUCAGUGAGUUUACUCAUAGCUGUAAAACAGUAAAAAAAAUUAGCUGUUAGCCAUAAAAAUGGACAAAUUAUAAGGGGCUAGUCAAAGAAAAAAUGCAGUAAAAAAAUUAUUUUAACCUUAAUGGAGAGAAAUAAACCAUUAGCAAUUAAGUGGCCAAAAUUUUAACCCUUUACCUCUCAGAGGUGAUUAACAUGAAACUUCUCAUUAUCUUAUCUAUACAUUAUCCAGCAAACAGCAAAUGAGAAAACCCAAACUUGUCAGGUAGAAGUUGUUACUUUGAGCUAACACCAAAUUCUCCCAACUUAUUUUCAAGGAAUUGUGUAAAAGCUGAAGGGGAGAAUUAGCAAUUAGAUUUUGCUUUCUCCAUCAAGACCCCCUUUAAAGUUUGCUCUAUAUUUUCUGAUCCAAAGCUUGUUUUUUUGCCAGAGGACUGAGGACACGUACCAAGGCUUUAUCCGUGUUAAUAUGAACUUACUCCGUCCAAUCCACAUCAUCGAAGGAGAGAGACCUCUGUCAAUUUUUCAGACUGCUGUAAAGUCAAAGGAUGAUGAUGAUCUGAAUCAGAAGGUGAUUGUAAUUAUAUAAAGUUAAAGGUAAAAUAUGUACUCAAGGCCAGUGGCCCUUGCAACGAAGGUUUAUCUCAGUUUCCUUAGCAUGAAGCAAUAAGGAGUAUCACCACCCCCUCCCCCCUCUCUGGGCGGGAUGCUAGUCCAUUGCAAGAUUACUCCCUAGCUUUUCGCCAAGCUUUCUUAACAAUUCGCAAGUACCCAUUUUACUCCUGGGUGGAGAGAAGCAUUGUGAGAGGUACAUGUAAGUGUCUUGCUCAAGAGCAUAACACAUUGACCCAGAUGGAUUUCAAACCUGAACCUCCCAUCCAUAGUCCAUCACUUUAACCUUUUCACUCCCAGAUCAAAUUUGUAAUUCUCUUCGCUGUCAACCAUACAAGUCUUAUAUUGUUAGUUGAGAUAAUUUAGUAUUGGAUCAACUAAUUAUCCCCAAAUUGAUAUUUUUCCUUAACCUCAUCACUUAUCUGGUUGAUGUUGUACUGAUAUUGUAAGGAGAAAUUCUGUCAUGGUCACUCAUGGGUUGGAGGUAAAGGGUUAAGCAUAAGGCCACCAUUCCACUUAGAUCAUAGUAAAGAUUUAGUCAAAACACAAAAAAAAACAGCUGAUUGGAUGACUGCUGAACUAGCAAUUAAUACUGCCAAUAGUGUAACAAAAUUGUUACUUCUGGUCUCUGUAAGCAAAGCAGUUGCAGCUUGGAGCACUGCUUUAUUUACACAUUAAAGCUGGAAAUAUCAUUUUGAAGGUUUCGACACAGCCUUGUCCUUUCAUCAAAUAGAGAGCUAAUCUUGAGUCUCAUCUCAUAGACUUCCCAGCGGACAUCAUUUUUCCUUCCACUUGAGACUGAGAAAGCUUUACAUGUAACUAGUGAAACUACUGUUCAUCAGGUGGGUCUCUCUGAAUGCAUAUUUGUUUAUUUUCUAUCAACUUUUGUUUGAAUUGUUAAGCCUUUUAUAGGUGUUCUUUAAUCAAUCAUGUGUUGAUUGUCUGCAAUUGAUUCUGAAUGUGGUGAAUUUACCACUAGAGGAAUUUUGGAAAAUGUACUGUUGAAUGUUGAUCCUUGAGCAGAGAGAGCUGCAACAUUUUUAAGUUCCAAGAAGAGGUUAACAUUCAAAAUUGGGUUUUUCUAAACAAUUAAUUCAUUUAACACCUUUUCCAACUUCCAGGUGACAUUCAACUGCUAUGUUUCACUUGCUCGCCAAUACAUCUAACACUGACCACAAUUCUCUUCAAAGAAAACUAAAAGAGACCAAUCUCUUUGUUUUUAGUGACCAUCAGUUAAUAAUGCUGGAAUUUUUGUUUUAAGAUUCCUUUUUUUUUUUUUCCCUAGGUCAUUGUAGCUCUUCUCAAGAAGUUCAAAGUUGCUGAUAAUCCAAGAAAAUUUGCAUUAUUUGAGUGUUACCAGGAAGAAGAUGACCAUAGUAGGUUUCAACAGGUUUUUCUUUACCUGCUAAGCACUUCAUACAACUUAAUCAAUAGUUUAACACACAACACAUGUGUACAUUUUGCAAGUUACAUGUUUUUCUUAGCCCUGGAGUUACUAAGAAAAUUACAAGCAAUGAGCAGAAUGUCCAUCAUUAUUAAAUGUUAAACCAUUGAUCAAGGGAUUUAUUAUACCACUUUUAAUUAGUUUUCAGUAUUUUGGCCUCUAGUUUUCUUAAUACAUCCCACAACUUUGUCUGAAUGUCAUAUUGCUUGCAUAAGUUGUGUGCAAAAGAUGGAAACAACAUAAGGAAGACCAGUGUACAUGACUGGUAAAAAAACUGAAUGAUGUGCAUAAUAGUUUGUUGUGUUAAAAGUCAAGAUUUAAAAAUGGAGUAAAACUAAAUAGCACUAUUCCCCUGUUUGGUAUAUACAAAUAAAGAUUAUAAUUACCUCUCUGCCUUUCAGACCUAGUGCUCAAAUUUUUAGGCUUCCAUCAAAUGGCUGAGUGAAUGCUUUCAUUUCCAAUAAUAGUCUACAUUACCAGAAGCAAUUAUGUGAUACAGUGUUUGAAAUAUCUUGUGAAAAAUUUCACACCAUUUUCAUAACACAUUUGUAUAACAUGUCACAAUCUUACUUGCGAAAUUUGUCAUGUGAAAGGCAUAAGAAAACCAUGUGAAGUAUGUUAUCCUUUUUAAUCAGUGUUUUACAUGCUUUCUGUGAAACUAGGUAGAGUUUGAUGCAAUGUAUUUAACCCAUUAUAUAAAGUCUUUUUUGAUGAUUUUUCUUUCAGUUAUUCUUCGUCGGAUGUCUGACUUUGAGAAACCCCUGGUGCUAAGGUUACUUUGGGGUGGAGCAGAUAUAAGACACAAAUUCUCACUCCAGGAGAAUGAAACAGGAGAUAUUGUGGUAAGUGCAGCCAAAUUUUCAAAUUAAAAUUGGGUUAACCCAAGGGUUAACUUUACACUUAACAUUUUUACAGUUAGAAUUUUUGCCCUGUGAAAGUUAUAUGAAGUGAAUUGGUUUGACAAGAAGUAGAUUAAUCUAGUUCAUUUUACAGUUGUUGGGUUGGUUGCAAAGCCUUUGAAUAAGGAGUAAGGCCAAGGGUGACCUUGUUAUAAUACAAACGUUGCUGCUUUUCAAAUGUAAAUUACUUUGUUUUCAUGCUAACUAGAUACUGGUCUCUAUCACAACAAGGUCACCUUCAGCCUCACUCCAAAUCAAAGGCUUGGCAACUGAGUUCACAACUGUAAAAUGGCCUAUAGGUUGGACAACAAAUAGAUGAAUCUAACUUAUGAAGCAAAAUGAAUCUAUGUAGCCUGUCCUUUUGGUUGAAUUCAUUAUCAUAUGAGUCAAAAAAGAUAGCCCAAAAAAAAAAGAUUUAUGGCAGUGUAAUGCACAGAAUACUCCAACCCCCAUUCCCAUUUUGACAGCUGUGUGACAUUUUUUUUCAGUGGGAGGUAUUCUCCAUACCAGAGCUUCAAAAUUUCAUGAAGAUACUGGACAGAGAAGAGGAGGAACACAUAUCGCAGGUCAGUGGCUUAAUGUUAUAUCAGCCAUCAUUGUCAUAUAUAUAUACACUAGGUAUUUAUGAAAUAUUAGAAUGAAUGUAACUUUCGUUUCUCCACAAGUAACAGAGGAAUUUUUAAAUGGGGGCUCACAGGAACAAAUUUAUGAGCCCCAAAUGUAAGCUGGCUUAUGCCAGUGCCCCUUUUGUGUAUCUGUGGGCUUAUAUUGAUGUAGAAAGAAGAACUGCUAGAUGAUCAUGGUAGCCACAAAACCUCUUAUUGACCCCAACUCGAGGUUCAUGCUGUGAUUUACAGACUAAGUUUAUUCCGCUUGGAUUUACACAGAGGAGAUAGUACUGGGGCAUCCCUAACUACACUUUACAAUGUUGUCAUGGUUACCAGAUUUAUCAACAGAUCAUUUUAACUUUUCAUGAAAGGCUUCUUUACUUUUUUGCUUAAAUUUUUUAAAAAAAACCUUUUUUCAAAUUAUUUUGACAAGCUGAAUUUACAUUCAGGUGAUGUAUACAUUUGAUCCUGUUGGGAUGUGUUUUGAAAUUGUCAUUCAGUUAAAGGGUUCAUGUAGAUCAGCUUGUCGUAAUUGCUGGAGGAUAUGAUUGUAAUAUCUCAAUUUCUUAUAAUGAUAAGAAUUUCUCUCUUGUUUACUUCAUUCACAUGUGAGAGAUAUCAUCAACACUCAAAGAUUAGAUUUUUAUUCCACAGGCAGCUAUUGAACAUUAUCUUUUUCAUUAACCCUGGAACCCACGAUCACUCACCCAAGAUCUCAUUAUUAAUUCUCCUUACUGUCUGCCUUACAAUUCUUCUGAUGUUAGUUCGGAGAAUUUGGUAUUGGAUCAAGUAAAAGUCUCUUCUUAGUUCGCAUUUCUUCAUUCCCAUCACCUGUCUGCUUGAUAUUGUAUCAAUUAUGUUGUUGGGAAAAAUUAUCUCUUGGUCACUCAUGGGAGUUUAAGGGUUAACAAACUUAAAUAUUUAACUUUAACAGGUGGAAGAAAAGUACAGACUUUACAAGGAAAGAUUAGAGCAGGCUUUGGCACUGGUACAACCAAACCAAACAGUCUGCGAUGAAGAAAAACCACCUUCUGAUGAGUCUGGUGAAACAGCAAGAUUAUAACUAGAAAGAGGUUCUGUUAUAGAUUUUGUAUUAUAUAUGAGUUUAGAAUACUUACACCUACAAAUAGAGAAGGAUAUUUUAAACAGCUGCAUUGACAAAUUGUAUUAGUUUUAACACUGAUAAUAAUUUAUUGUAACGGUAAUUGCCGUUACAUUGUCACUUUUAAAAUAGUAACAUACGUGCCAGGUGUUUCAUUAUGCAUCAUGUCAUGGAAUUUUCUGGCUUCAAUUCUUUAACUCCUAAAAUCUGAUCAUUAAUCCUCCCCACUAGCUGCAACACAUUUCCUUGUAAAUCGCUUACGAGACUUUGGCAACUUCUACCUGAUAAGUUUGAGUUUUCUCAUUACCUGUUUGCUGGAUAAUGUAUGGAUACUAUAGGGGAAGAUACAUCUUAAUCACUUCUAGGUGUUAAAAGAUUAAGUGUGUGAACUAGUUUUUAUUCAGGUAUGUAGUUUAGUUACCUAUUACUCUUUACCAGUGCCUUGUAACCUUAUUUCUUAAUGAAAACCCUGAUACCAGUAUGUAAUAAAUACAAUGGAUGAAUAUCAGUAUUUAUAAUUGGUGGUUCUCAAAUGGCCCAAAGAAUAAACUUUUGAUAAUUUUUAUCUCUGUGACUAUUGUUUCAAUGCAAGAGUACGGUAUUUACUCAUGUUAAGGUUGAACUCAUGUUUAAGUCAACCUCCCAUUUUCAAGGUCAAAAUCGGAUUGUUAAUCAUCUCUAGUUAAAGAUGUAAAAUUCAGAUGGACAGAAAUUUCCCAAAAAGUUAUUCUCUUAUUUCAUAGAAUGUAUUGAAAACACGAUGAAUUAAAAAACUGCAGAGC